AUGGUGAUGGGUGAAUUGAUGACCAGGCCGUCUACUCAUAGAUCACCAGCUCCACAGAAGGAAAAGAAAGCGGGAAGUGCUAAGCCUUCCACCAAACCAACUCCUCUCUUUGGUAAAGGACCUGUUGUUUUUCACACCUCCACAACUCCACCAGUCAAGAAACCGCAGCAAAGUCCUCCCUCUGAGAGUAAUUCGUCAUCGCUGAAGAAAGGCGUUAUUAAGAAGUGCAUUUAUUGUGAUAACGCCCAUUCGAAAAAAAACUGUUCCACAUUCAAAGAUCUAGAUGUUACAGCUAGAGUGGAGUGGGUAAAAGAGAAACGAUUAUGUUUUAGGUGUCUGAUUGGAACACAUCGGGGAACUGAGUGUCCCACCGAAAUCGUCUGCAACAUUGGGAACUGUGGUCAACGGCACCACCCUCUAUUGCACGGAGCGCCUCAAGUUUAUCCCGCGAAUGCUUCAACGACUAAAAAUGCAGGUCAGCCAUCAGCAAAAUCGUCUGAUGGUCGCGCAAUGACCAUUAAAAACAGGGAUACGGCUAUCAACACUUCCCUAGCUAUCGUUCCUGUGUUACUUCAAGCUAACGGGGUGGAAAUAGAAACUUUCGCUUUUCUAGAUCCAGGAGCGACCGUUAACUUAAUUCGAGAGGAUGUAGCUAAACAGCUCAAAUGCAAAGGGAAUGCAAGGAAUGUAUCCUUUGGCUCGUUUCACGGCCAAGACCAACAGUUUCAAUCAACUACGGUUAGUCUGACUGUGAAGGCUCGUGAUAGAUCUUUCGAAUCGGAUUUAAAGCAGGUCUCUAAUGUGCCGACUCAGUACCUAAAGUUACCAUGCCCACCGAAAGAGCUAAUGGAGAUCCGAAGGACACAGCAACAUGAUUCAACGGUUUGUCGUUCGAACAAACCUUUGCUGGCGGUGCAAAAACUCUGCUACCAUGUACAAGAAUCACCGACGGAAGCAUUACUUUUGCGCCAAGUUGAGAAAUUGUGGGAAACGGAAAGCUUUCCCAUUGUAACUCCAGCUCAACCGCUAGAAUCAACCGAGGAUAAACUAGCGAAAAAGAAAUUCGAUGCAACUAUUCAAUUUGACGGAACCAGGUAUGAAGUAGGUCUACCAUGGGUUUCAGAAGAUAUCGCAUUACCCGACAAUUACAAUAGUGCAUUGCGUAGACUUUUCUCAAUCGAAAACAAAUUCGUUCACAAUUCUGAUUUUGCUGAGAGAUACAAAGCCGUAAUCGAUGACUAUGCGGCAAAGGGGUUCGCUCGGCCUCUCAAAGAAAGUGAAUUGAAGGGCACCUUUGGGAAAAAUUGGUACCUUCCCCAUCAUGGAGUCGUAAAUCCUCGAAAACCCGAAAAGGUUAGGGUGGUCUUCGACGCUUCGGCAAACUUUCAAGGAGUUGCGCUAAACGAAGUGCUCUUAAAGGGUCCCAAUCUCAUCAAUGACAUAGGUGCUACCCUUCUACUCUUCAGAGAAAAGUUGGUGUCCCUAUCUGGGGAUAUUCAACAAAUGUUUCUUCAAGUUGGCGUGAAGAAAGAAGACCGUUCCGCCCUACGAUUUAUAUGGCGUUCACCUGGUUCUCGAAAAAGACCCACCGUAUAUGAGAUGCAGCGACAAAUCUUUGGAUCGGUCUCAUCCCCUUUCAUCUGCUCUCAAGUGCUCCGACAUAUUGCUGACCUACAUCGUGAAGAAUUUCCUGAAGCUGCUGAACGUCAGGAUGCUAGUCGAGCGGUCAAAGAUUCUACAGCAUUGCAAAAAAAGGGAGGAUUCCAUCUUAACCAAUGCCUCUCUUCAUCUCGACGGGUUUUGUCACGUGUACCAGAAGGUGAUCGUAAUCAGCCUCGCCUGAACUUUGGUCUAGAAGAUUUGCCCACGGAGAGAACUUUAGGUGUUUUAUAUGACAGCGAAAGUGACAGCUUAAUCUUUGAUGUUAAAACCGACUUCGAAGCGAGUACUAAGCGUCGGAUCUUGAGUGCUGUGUCUACCUUGUAUGACCCACUGGGGUUUUUAUCACCAGUGAUCCUUAGCGCCAAAAGAAUUCUACAAGAAUUGUGGCUUGUCGGUGUUGACUGGGAUGACCAAGUUCCCGAAGUAAUUCAACACCAGUGGAACAUGUGGACUACUAAUCUUAGCCAGCUCGAAGCGUUCAAGAUCCCGCGAGCUCUAACUUCGUCUAGUGACAUCCAAGACAUUCAGCUGCAUACCUUUUGCGAUGCAUCCGCCGUUGGGUUUGGCUCUGUGGUAUAUCUACGAGUAACCUAUCGCAACAAUAUCGUCGCCGUAAAUUACGUUACGUCAAAGUCCCGCAUGGCACCCCUUCGUCCGCUGACCGUUCCGAAAUUAGAACUCCAAGGAGCAGUUGUGGCACUACGCCUUGUGAAGUUCGUCCAAUCGACCCUUCGUAUUCCCAUCAAUCAAAUCAUCUAUUGGUCUGACUCUAAAACUGUCCUUCAGUGGAUAGCCUCAUAG